UUCCCCAACAGCGCAACCUAAACUUCCUCUAUUUCCUCCACCUUAACUCUGAUUUCUUCACAUACUCCUCCAAUUUCCAGGGCGGAGGCUGCUUCUUUAUCCAACUUUGACACUAGGGUUAGGCGACCUGUCUCUAGAAUGAACGAUGAUAACUGUUGUUCUUUAGCAAAUCGAAAUGCCUAGAGGAUUGCUUGGCCUUCUGCCAUUUUCGGCCGCCAUUGGCGAAGAUCCCACUUUAAAGUCGCUGCCAUGAAAAAAAUCUCUAUCAUCUCUAACAAUUAGCGCCAUGCUUGUGUCAGCCCCGUCAAAGACUGCAACAUCGACGUUGAUCUUCAGUAUCCCCGGCGAAGGGGAUUGCCAUGAGUAAGAAAUGUGAUCUCGUUCUAGGGCUUCUUCACACUUCUGAUUCUCCACAAAAUCCACCAGAGAUCACAGUACCAACUGCUCCAGCUGUGUAUCCAGCCAAGCAUGUCACACCGAGCUGUUGCAUUCUCGAGCAAUCCUCCUUCGUCCUUUGGAUCAAGUGGUGGUAUAUUAGCUCCACUGAAUGCUCAAACGUCGAAAACAUUACCAUCGAGACUGCCAACACAAAGUCAACAGUAAGAGUCAUACAGGAACGACAGAAGUGCAAGCACAAGCAUGAGAAGAAACAGAAGAUUACUACAUACAUGGAAGAUUGCGAGCCCACAGUGGAAAAAGCCCCCUGUAAA